AUGGAUAGGUCGCUUGCGACCUUGCUACGGUCUUUACAGACCUCUGAGUCUUCAGAAGACGCAGUAAGAUUACUACCUACAACCACAAAUCUGCUAUCUAGGCUGUCGAAUCCUUUGAAUCUCAAUCUGUUGACGUCGCACAUACUAUCAAAUGAUCUCCUAUAUCUACGACCUACCGAACUCGUCCGAUGUCGACAAGUGUUCGGCGUAUUCUACACCGCAGUCCUGCGCUUUAUCGAAGAUAAACACAGCCCUGCGCAUGAACACACACGAAGCAACCUGCCGGUCUCUGAAUGGGUGAAAGCCGUAGUACAGGGAGCGGACGAAAAAUCUCCACGAUGGAGACACACAUUGGCACUUGGGGGGAUUCUUCUCGCUUUCCACUCCAGGAACUUCGAAGAGCUAUCAUCGGACUUGCGGAAUAAACUUGAGGCUGCGUUGGUGACUGCGUCCAAUCUUGCUUUACGACAGAAGGAUUCCGAGCCAAACUGCGAGCUGGCGGUGAUAUUUGUCUUGAACCAUACAUUCCCCAUAUUUUCAGAAUUUCACCGCUCGCAGGUAGAGUACGACCUCCUCUUGCCGGUAAUAGUGGAUGCGACAUUCUUCUCCCAUGAAGGUCUUGAGCAUGGAUAUUGGCUUGGUCUCAUCGACGGUGAUGUGCGACAGUCUUCCAGACAGACGUUCAACUGGUCGUCGAAUUCCAGUUCCUUCCGGAAAGUCGCCGACAUCAAAUCAAGAAACUUGAUCACUGCACUCGGUGCCUUAUCACGUUUGAUGGCCCAUUGUAUCGACAAUGUCCAGGAUCGAAAGUUGAUUGUAUACACCACCAACAGAAUUGCUGAGUUCUCAAGAAAUCUUGCCAUCUCGUGGAGACAGAAUAAAUUGUCUGAAAUCGAUUCAAGAGAAGAAACUCAAUAUUUGGAUCCGGAGACGACCAGCAAAACUCUCCCCGUUCUCUUGCAAGUACUCCGGGAUACCAUGUUUUCCAUCGUCAUUGCCCUUCGAUCUGUGCUUGGGAGGCUUCUCUGCGAUGGAUUUUUGGCAUCCGACAUCAAUGCUCCCGGAUUGACCACGCAAACCUUACACAUUCUACGAGACACAUACUUCAUCGCGCAUCGGUUUGGGUUGACAUCCUCAUCCCAGUAUGUUUUCGUCAAUUUUACGGCCAUUGACAUCCUCAGCCGAUAUCAACCACAAUCACAGAGCUUUCUGGAGGCGAUCAGACCCCCCGAGUUGGGUCGAAUACCUCCUCAUCCUCUCGACAGAAUAAAUGAUCUAUUCUUCUUCAACACUGCAGAACAUUUCACAUUGGUUCUACCCCCACAAGUGAAUCAGGACCUAUUAUUUAACGCAGCAACACCAUAUGUUAACCCUCAAGGAGAUCCUCGAUUGGGAGAAUUAUACGAAGCCGCUCACAGCGUCAUCUUGGCUAUUUUUGCCUCACCACAAAACACGGAAGUGUCAACCAAAAAUGUCCCAUUCUACGUCGAAACUUUACUGUCAAGUUUUCCGAAACCACUGACUCCUCGGCAAUUCAGAUUGGCCAUCAAAUCUAUCGUUCGACUUGCAGCACCACCAUCCCCUAUCGCUGUAUCCAUGCCAGCUAUGCAAGCAAUCAUUCUUGAUCUACUUAGAGAACGAAUGGAUCAUGCAUCAGAGGAUUUUCUCCCACCUGAUCCGGAUAUUCCGGUAGAAGCGAGUUCACCUUUGUCCGAGAGAGCAGUCUUACUUCUUUCCGUCAUUGAUUGUUUGAACUUUUUACCAGUUCCACUUUUGGAGGAAUGGCUCCCUAUAACGGCCGAACUCCUACACAAGAUCAAAAAUCCAGGCCAGAAACAACAAUGUCAACAAAGAUUGUGGGAUACGCUCAGUAAUGGCGAAAUGGAUGUUGAACGUGCUGCUGCUUGUGUGGCUUGGUGGACCUCUAGAGGAGGUCGUGAACAUGUUCUAUUCGGAGAACAACCCGAGGAACAAGAAUAUACUAUGAGUGGUGCCCGGCAAUUUGACAACAAGUUGUGA